AUGGGUGUCGCUACAUGUUGCUGCUGUAGCAGCAAGGAUGCUGCAAUUACCAUUGGAAUAUGGUCAUUGGUGUCUUCAAUUGCACAAUUGGGCAUUAUGGGGUGGCAAAUGGUAGCGAUCAAGUACGAGCGCGAUCGCGCGGCGAACACGCUUCUUCCGAAUUAUAACACGUACGGCCGAUUCGAUGUUCCGUCGUAUUAUGAAUCGUAUUGGCAAAGUCCCGAGGAACGAUACUACACUGGAUUAUUCGUCAUCCAAGUGCUCUGCCUUAUUGCCGCCUUCUUUCUAUUAUUCGCCUCGGCUGCCUUGAUCUACGGUAUUCAUACGUGGUCGAAAUACCUUGUUUGGCCAUGGUUCCCUUGUAUGAUCUCGUCAAUCCUAUCGAGUCUCGCAUACUGUAUUAUGUGGUGGGCAGGAGAUGUCCGCGAUUAUUGGCUUGCCAUUACAAUCAUCGAAAUAAUUAUUGUUUUCAUUAAUAUUUAUUGCGUUGUGAUUGUCAUGGUGUACUAUCGACGGAUCAACUCGACGACCGAUGUGUACGAAGGCAAAGAUCGACGAGGCGUUCGGUACAAGAUCAAUCGGAAUGGAACAAGUAGAAGGGAUUUACUCGAAUCGUAUGAAGGCAUCAAUCGAAGCCCAUCUCCAAAAUAUCCAAUGCCUUAUAAACCCUUGGCUCAGCCGUAUCCAGUGUAUCCAACACCGUACUCAGCAGCUGGCGUGCCACAAACGCCUUUGCCACUUCCAGCUACCCACGCGAAUACUCCAUAUCCUCUAGAUCCAAAUGAAGUUAAAUAUAUGAAAGAGCCGAAAUCGAAACGGUCGAGUUAUGCUGAUGAUCCAGUUAGUAGUUGGGUCCGUGAGCAGCAAUCGCUUGACCGAUCGAAUGAUGUGAAUAGCGAGCCGAUCGCUAUCAGCAAGCAGGUCCAUCCGACUACUCUGCAGCAUUCGCGAUCGGUUCCUUCACUUUACGAUGGAACGCUGGUGUCGCAUAGGGAUUGUGAUCAUUCGAGGCAUCAUAGGAGGUCAUCUAGAAGAAGGAAAUCGAGAAGCCGUCAUGGAUACGAAUCUUAUUCAUCGGACACCGAACCAACGGCAACCGAUUUCACAAGAGCUCAUCGACAUCGAUCGAGCAGCAGGCGACGCCAUCGAAGCAGGCCGAAGUACGAUGAAUCAAUUACCAAUUACGAUUCGGAUGCUGAACGGGAAAGGAGGAGAUCGAAAAGGCAUCGUCAUGGCUCAACAAGAAGCCACAGAGAGCACAGAAGAGAUCGAGAUCGGGAUCGAGAUCGAGAACGAGACAGGGAUCGAAGGCGCGCGCCGAGUCCGCCAGACUCGCAGAUUCCAGCGAAACCGCGAAGUCGGCAUCACAGAGAAUCGAGUGAAUCGAAGCCCGAUUCUGAUCCAAUGGCAUUCCCAUUAUCCGGUGGAAUCACAAUACCUCAACAUAUUGUGAUCCCGCCAUCAUCAGGUGAACGCGGUCCAGACGGGCAGCCGAUUCCGCAGAAAUAUCAAAUCAAUUCGGAGAUAACCAUCAAUUAUGAUCAGAAUGGAAGACCGAUGGCUCAGCCAAUUGAAGAGCCUUAUCGAAGGAGACAACCGAUUCAGUCGACAUUUUGA